CGCACAGUGUGGGGAACAAACGGCCAGCCAGUUGGAAAGUCGGCUGGUAACGGUUCAGGCAAGUGCGCAGGGAUGUUUAUCGGGCGCUCUAUCGAACGAUAACGAAGAGAGGCUUGUUUGUAGACGGAAGGUGCGUAACACUGUUGGAGAAGCCGUGACUUGCAUUGGCUCAACUGGAGAGAUUGGGUUCGUCUCGUCUUAUUUGCUUGGUUGCUUAGCUGGCCUCAAAGUCAGAUGCGCUUCUCUCAACCCCUCAGAUCUCAAAGUUUGAGAUUAUCGUCGAUUUUGGCCCAGCCAGCCCGACGUGCAUCUGCCUUUCCCAGGAAUAGACUCACCACCACCGCUACAGGCUACGGUAACUCUAUUCCUCAGCUGUGCCUGAAUCGCAACUUCAGUCUCAGUGUCAGUCUCCGCAGUUCCCUCACUAUGGACGCUCAAGAACUCUCGCAGUACCUGGCGGAUGCCCCGCCUUCGGUCGUCAGGCUCGAGGUCGAGAAGCAUUUUGACGCCCUGACAGACAAGCAGAAGCGCUAUGCUCACUUUAUCAGCAAGGCUUCCUUUGCUGGUAACCGCAUCGUGCUGCGCCAGGUCUCCCCCGAGUCUGAGUCCAUCUAUGAUUUCAUCAUUGCUCUGCACAAGGCCUCUGGAGGCGACUGGAAGGCUCUGGCUGAGAAGGCCGGCGUUGAUGAGGCCGGCUUGAACGCCUUCCUCCAGUAUGCUGCACAAUUCCUCGGCAACAGCGGAAACUAUAAGAGCUUUGGUGACUCCAAGUUUAUUCCCCGCUGCGAUGAGAAUGUCUUUGCUUCCCUGGCUUCCACUUCUCCCGAGGCCGAGAAGCAUUACAAGGCCACCAACGGUGCUAUCUUCUCGACUGACAAGCCCGGCCUUCUGCACCUUGGCUUUACGGAUCAAGGUCACCUGACCACUUACUACCCCGACUCUCCUGAUAUCACCAAGGAUGAGAUCGAUGCUGUUGCUAAGUGGAUGCAGAAGGCCGGCUUGCUUCCUGAAAACACCAGGUUGCGCAAGACCAAGGACGGGAUCUUUGAGCUUCUGAUUGCUUCUGCCGUUACUUCCAUCCCCAGCGAGGGUGGUGACAUUGGCAAGGAUUCCGAGUACAAGAUCACCGAGGGCCCUCUUGAGGGUAAGACCGUCAAAUUAGUUUAUGGCGACUAUGCGGCCGAGAUGAAGGCUAUUACCGAGUACACCAAGAAGGCAGCCGAGAACGCGGAGAACGAGACUCAACAAAAGAUGCAUACCGCUUAUGCCAAGUCCUUCGAGGAAGGCUCUCUUGAAGCCUUCAAGGACUCCCAGAGAUACUGGAUCCGCGAUCAAGGUCCCAUGGUUGAGUGCAACAUCGGCUUCAUCGAGACCUACCGCGACCCGGCUGGUGUUCGUGGUGAGUGGGAGGGCUUCGCAGCAGUUGUUAACCAGGAAAGGACACGUGCUUUCGGAGAGCUGGUCAGGUCUGCACCUAGUUUGAUCCCUCUGUUGCCGUGGUCCAAGGAGUUCGAGAAGGACAAGUUCCUCUCUCCUGAUUUCACCUCUCUUGAGGUUUUGACCUUCUGCGGGUCUGGUAUCCCUGCUGGUAUCAACAUCCCCAACUACGACGAUAUCAGGCAACAGGAAGGCUUCAAGAACGUCAGUUUGGGUAACGUCUUGAGCGCCAAGGCUCCUGAUGAGAAGAUUCCCUUCAUUGCCGAUAGUGAUCUCGAGGUUUACAAGAAGUAUCGUGAUGCCGCCUUUGAGGUCCAGGUCGGACUUCAUGAGCUUACUGGUCACGGCUGUGGAAAGCUUCUGCAGGAGACCUCUCCUGGAGAGUACAACUUCGACCACACUAACCCACCCAUUAGCCCCGUGACCGGUAAGCCUGUGACGACCUGGUACAAGCCCGGUCAAACAUGGGGUUCCGUAUUCGGUGGCCUUGCUGGCGCUUACGAAGAAUGCCGUGCUGAGCUUGUUGCGAUGCACUUGAGCUGCGAAUUCCAGGCUCUCAAGAUUUUCGGCUUCGGUGACGGAACUGUUGAUAUGGAUGGCGAGGCUGGUGAUGUUCUAUAUGCAUCCUACCUUAGCAUGGCACGGGCUGGUCUCACUUCGGUCGAGUUCUGGGACCCCAAGAGCCAGAAGUGGGGACAGCCUCAUUGCCAGGCUCGCUUUGCCAUUCUCAAGUCUUUUCUUCAGGCAGAGGAUGACUUCUGCAAGCUUGAGUAUGAGAAGGAGGAUCUAUCCGACUUGAAGAUCAAGCUUGAUCGCUCCAAGAUUCUAACCAGCGGUAGAAAGGCUGUGGGAGAUUUCCUCCAGAAGAUCCACAUCUACAAGUCAACCGCUGAUGUCGAAAAUGGUACCAAGUUCUUCACCGAUAUGUCCGGUGUCGGCUUGGAAUACUGGGGAACCAAGGUCCGCGAUGUCGUCCUGAAGAACAAGCAGCCCAGAAAGGUGUUCGUCCAGGCCAACACUUAUCUGGACGAGGCUACUGGCAAGGUUAGUCUCAAGCACUACGAUGCCACGCCUGAGGGUAUCAUCCAGAGCUGGGCGGAUAGGGAAUAGCUGUAUGGAUUUGCGAAUAAGGUCAAGGCUCUAUUGUGAUUGAGCAAAUGCAAUUGGAGCCAUUCACGAGACAUCCAUCCAUAAACAAUGUAAGCUAUCAGCCUUGCACGUCGAUUGAAACAGGAUUCGCAAACACAUUAAGUCGUAUUCUUUGACACGGCUCACUUGACAAGCCACGACAUACAGCUGAAAGAACUUGAAAUGCCGCCCUUCAC